AUGCCGGGCUAUCAGCUUCAGUCACCUUGCCGCGCGGAGGAUGGCCUACAAAUUGCGCAGAGUCAGGUCUCAGCCUUCUUUGAAGAAGCAUGGUGGAGAUUAUCAUGGACUGACAGAACUCGUGAAUCAUUGAUCCAGAGUAUCGCAGAUCGAAGUCCCAAGAACUUGCUCACCAAACGAGAAGUUCGGAGGCAUCAAAAGAUAGUUCACCUCGAAACUGGAGAUAUCGUUGGAUACGCACGGUGGAUCCUCCCCGAGUCUCACACAGACGCUUGGCUUGAAGCGCAAACGCCAGACGUGAGCGAUGAACAGAAGGAAGCUUUUGCAAAGCGUCAUGCCGAAACCGACUGGAACCCACGCGAGGAUAACGAUAAGUUGGAUGAUCAUAUUGACGGUUGGAGAGAUAAGCACAAACAGGAAAUGGACAUGGAAUUACACUACCUCUGCGUCCAUCCAGAUCAUCAGCAAAAGGGACUAGCAAGUUUACUUGUCAACUCAGGUCUCAAAGAAGCCAAGAAGUUAGGCAUAGAUGUUAUAAUCGUGGCCAUGGGCCGGCGAGCUCUUGGUCUCUAUUUGAAGCACGGCUUUGAACUGCUUGAGGAGAAGAGCCAGAGUAUGAGUUACUUUGGGGUAGAUGAACUUUACGAGACAUUUUACUUGAGAAAGAAGGCCGAGAAGUGA